GCGUCGGUUGUCAUUUCAAUUGUGUGAAAGAGGAAUACAGUUCUCUCCCAAAUUUUUUUGUUUUUCGUUGGAACAAAUAAAUAAAUCGUAUCUUAACAUAGUGUAAAAGGAAAUCGUGCUCUGUAUGCAACUUUUGAAUUAUAAAGCAUUCACUAAGGAUGAGUUUAUAACGAUACUAUUGCUGGUUGUUCUUGACAACUCAUAAAAAUGAAACGAUCCGGCUUAAUAGCUUAUUUGCCAUUCCUGCUUUUUCCUUAUGUUAGUAGCUAUAUGGUAAUUUUAAAUGAAAACGACAAUCCCGGUAAAAUAGUGUUUAAUGCAUCAGUAUACAAGUUGGGUUCCGAAAGACAUUACAAAAUAAAUGCACACAAGUCGGCACAUUUUGUGCACCAUUUGCUUAAUAUCGACGCUAAAAACGGCGAAAUAAGCCUUAGAAGACCAGUUCGAUGCGAUGGUAUACACUAUCCUAGCUUGUUCACUUUUUAUGUAGAUUCCACCUCGAAUAGACUGCACAGCAUAGAUUACUACAGCCUGCCACUGCGAAUUUUCAUAGUGGGUAUAAAUUGUAUUGAUGAUGCAGAAGCAGAAAGUUUUAGGAAACUAUUUAUGGAAGAUGAUGCUGGCAAAAAUCAUCGCUUCAAACGAAGGCUUACAACCAAUGGUUUGUUCGAGGGUGGCCUGGUAAAUACUCAACAUUUGAAAAGUUCAAACAUCACAAGCUACACAACAUUGCAAGAUGGCGACGUACUCUUCGAAACAAUAGAGAAUAACAAGCAUAGAAGUGAAAUAAUCUCAAGAAAAAAGCGUUCUUCGCCAAUAUCCUCAGAUGAACGAAUACAUCGAAAGAUAAAUGAAGCGCGACAGUGGAUUUCGGAAACAUUUGCUUCAUAUGCCAUUCACACUACUGAUAAGUGGAACCAGAUUUGUCUUAAAAAAUCGCAAUACAUAAAUUCUGUGAAUUCGUUUCUUCCUAAAACGGUGUUGAAAUACUGCACGGUUAAAUACAUAGAUGUUAACAACGGAUUAUUCAAAAUUGAGCCCCAUUCUGGUGAUCUUGUUGCCAGCGGUGAUGUGUGUAUUUCAGAAUCAUGGAAACUAUCCAUAACUUUCAGCGUCAAAUGUGACAGAAUGGACGUUGUUGAUGCCGACCAUCGUCUUAAAGUGAUAUAUCACCACCAGAACCUGAAUGACACAGACAUUGCGACACGCGUUAAAAGGGAGUUGAGAAAUCAGAGCCCAUAUUUCGAGCAAGCAUUAUAUGUAGUCUCUGCUCAGGAGGAACAGCCAGCAGGCACAGAAAUAACCACAGUACGGGCACGGGAUCCCGAACAUUCUGUUGUUAGUUAUACCAUGGUUUCACUGUUAGAUUCACGUUCACAAUCUAUGUUUCAAAUCAAUACAAUAUCCGGAACAGUCAAAACAGUAGCUAUACUUGACCGGGAGGUAAUGGACGUGCAUUAUUUUCGAAUUAUUGCCACAGAUGACAGUUUUCCACCACGUUCUGGUACAUCAACGCUUCAAGUGAAUGUUCUGGACUGCAACGAUCAUACACCGGCAUUCGAGUCGGAGGAGUUCCAUGCAAACGUGCGGGAAGGCACUAGUGUCGGCUCAUCGGUCAUUACGAUAAGAGCAACUGACCAGGAUAUUGGUAAAAAUGGUGAAAUUGAAUACUCGAUAGCCAGUGUUAGUGGCGAUAAUGUAACAGUCGGAGAAAAUGCGGACAAUCUUUUCCGAAUAGAGGCACGUACUGGCACCAUUACCACUCGUGGUGCUUUGGACCGUGAGAUAUCUGAGAUGUACGUGAUUCAAGUAAUGGCUACUGAUAUGGCAAUACCGCAAAGUGAACGAAAAUCUACGACCGCGACUGUGUUUGUGAAUGUUUUGGAUGACAAUGACAACUAUCCGCAGUUUAGUGAAAGAACAUACACCGUGCAUGUGAGCGAAGACCAAUGGACAAACGAAAACAAUGUGAUAGCUCAAAUUCGUGCAACUGAUGCUGACAAAGGAAACAAUGCUGCAGUCAGAUACGCUAUCAUCGGUGGUAAUACUCAGUCCCAGUUUUCAAUGGAUUCCAUUAGCGGAGAUGUUUUGCUAGUGAAACCCUUAGAUUACGAAAGUAUUCGCAGCUACCGAUUGGUGAUUCGUGCCCAAGACGGUGGCAGUCCCUCGCGUAGCAAUACAACUCAACUGCUGGUAAACGUACAAGAUGCCAACGACAAUGCUCCUCGAUUCUACACGACGCAGUUCCAGGAAGCCGUUUUGGAAAGUGUGCCCGUGGGGUACAAUAUUGUUCGUGUUCAGGCAUAUGACUCUGACGAGGGCGUUAACUCGGAAAUAUCGUACCGCAUACAAGAUAGGGAUGAAAAUUCACCACUUGCCAUUGAUUCCCGGACUGGAUGGAUACACACUACUUCUCCGCUAGAUCGAGAGGAGAAAAGUCGAUAUGUUUUCCAAGUGGUAGCGAUAGAUGGAGGGAUUCCGCCAAAAUCAGCUAGUACAUCAGUGGUCGUAACAAUCCAGGAUAUCAACGAUAAUGAUCCGAUUUUUAAUCCAAAAUACUAUGAGGCAUCCAUUGCAGAAGAUCAGCCACCAGGUACACCCGUAACUACUGUAACGGCGACCGAUUUGGAUGAGGAUUCCCGACUACAUUACGAAAUCACCUCUGGAAACACGCGAGGCAGAUUCUCGAUAACGUCACAAAAUGGUCGAGGUUUGAUUACAAUUGCUCAAUCACUCGACUACAAACAAGAGCAACGGUUUGCGCUAACGGUUUCUGCGACAGAUUCCGGCCAACGUUCCGACCAAGCUAUUGUAAACAUUAAUAUAACGGAUGCUAACAACUUUGCACCUGUGUUUGAAAACGCUCCCUACACGGCGUCGGUCUUUGAAGAUGCUCCAGUUGGAACCACAGUAUUAAUGGUUUUUGCCAGUGAUAACGAUGUAGGUUUAAACGCACAGAUAACAUACUCUUUAAACGAAGGUUCAUCUAACGGACUUGGAUCCAAUGAGCCAUUCAGUGUUCAUGUACAAACUGGAGCAAUUGUAACAACCGCAGCGUUAGACCGAGAAACUACCAGCACCUUUUUACUGACUGUGACGGCUAAAGACUCCGGAAAUCCUUCACUGGCAGAUACCACCGACGUCGAAAUAAGCAUUACUGACAUCAAUGACAACUCUCCACAAUUUGAUGUACCUCUGUAUCAAGCAACAAUUGCAGAAGAUGCUUUCAUAGGAACAUCGGUUUUACAAAUUUCAGCUACAGAUGAUGAUAUGGGCCUAAAUGGUCGAGUGAAAUUUAUGCUUAGUUCCAAAGAUGUGGAAGAUGGUUCUUUCGUGAUCGACCCUAGUUCUGGUGUGAUUCGGACGAACAAGGGUCUCGAUCGAGAAAGCAUAGCUGUGUACCAUUUGAUUGCUAUUGCUGCCGACAGAGGGACACCAACUUUAAGCAGCUCCGUGGAAGUUCAAAUACGUUUGAACGACAUAAACGAUUCUCCACCAACUUUUGCGUCGGAUAAACUUACCAUGUACGUUCCCGAAAAUAGUCCAGUUGGUUCGGCGAUUGGCGAAAUUUAUGCGCACGAUCCGGACGAAGGAGUAAACGCCAUCGUACACUACUCCAUAAUCGGUGGUGAUGACUUGAACGCAUUUUCGCUUGUAACUAGGCCUGGCUCCGAAAGAGCGCAACUUUUGACGAUGACAGAACUGGAUUUCGAAUCGAAUAAAAAGCGCUUUGAGCUCGUAGUUCGUGCGGCAAGUCCACCUUUAAGAAGCGAUGUCCUUGUGGAAAUAUUCGUAACCGAUGUUAAUGAUAAUGCACCUACGCUUCGAGAUUUCCAAAUAAUAUUCAACAACUUUAAGGACUGCUUCCCAAGUGGUGUAAUCGGGCGAAUACCAGCUUUUGACGCUGACGUUACAGAUAGAUUAAAUUAUCGGAUUUUGUCUGGAAACAACGCAAAUUUGGUGCUGCUGAACAGCUCGACAGGUGGUUUGACUUUGAGUCCACAAUUGAACACGAAUGUUCCUCGGUUUGCAACAAUGGAAGUGUCGGUAAACGACGGCAUCAACGAGGCAAAGGCCAUUAUGCAGCUGAUCGUGAGACUUGUAACUGAAGAUAUGUUAUUUAACUCGAUUACGGUGCGCUUGAAUGAAAUGACGGAAGAAGCAUUUAUGUCACCUCUGUUAAACUUUUUCAUGGACGGACUUGCGGCAAUUAUUCCUUGCCCUAGGGAAAAUAUCUAUCUGUUCUCAAUUCAAGAUGAUACGGACGUAAAUUCAAGAAUCCUUAAUGUUAGCUUCUCCGCCCGUAAAUCAAAUUUAGCCGCUGAAGAGUACUACUCGCCGCAAUAUCUCCAAGAAAAAGUCUACCUUAAUAGAGCUAUUUUGGCUAGAUUGGCAACAGUUCAGGUACUUCCGUUUGAUGAUAACCUGUGCGUUCGAGAACCAUGUUUGAACUAUGAAAAGUGCUUAUCGGUGCUAAAGUUUGGAAAUGCGUCCGGUUUCAUCAGCAGCGAAACGGUGCUGUUCCGCCCAAUACAUCCUGUGAACACUUUUGCCUGUAAGUGUCCAGAAGGGUUCACUGGCAGUAAGGAGCAUUAUUUGUGCGACACUGAAGUGGAUUUGUGCUAUUCUGAACCGUGUCAAAAUGGAGGAAGCUGUGUCAGGAAUGAAGGUGGAUAUACCUGUGUUUGUACAGCAUUGUUUACAGGAGUUAGUUGCGAGACAGAAAUCAAUAGUUUGAAAUCAUGCGCCGCUGAAGUAUGUGGCGAAGGAUAUAGUUGUCUUGCAGACAAGCAAACAAUGUCUCAUAGUCCAUUAUACACAAAGACAUGCGAGCUAAUGGCUCGUUCGUUUACAAGAAACUCUUUCCUGACUUUUCCUAGUAUAAACAAAAGACACCGGCUUAAUAUUCAACUUAAGUUUGCUACAAUGCGAGACAACGGUUUAUUGCUUUAUAACGGAAGGUACAACGAUGAAAACGAUUUCAUUGCUCUCGAGAUUAUCAACGGGCGAGUUACGUUCUCGUUUUCACUUGGAGAAAGGAUCGAAUCCGUAAUGGUGGAUCAGCACAAAAAAGUUUCCGACGGAAAUUGGCAUACAGUUGAAGUGAACUAUUUUAAUCGCACUGUACAACUUUCAAUCGACAACUGUGACACUGCGUUAGCAUAUUCAAAUCUUGGUCAAUCUUGGAACUGUGCAAAUCGGACAACUUUGGUUCUUGAGCGUCGUUGUGCUUCAUUGACUGAAUCAUGCCACAGAUUCCUGGACCUGACCGGUCCACUACAAUUAGGAGGUCUUCCGAAAAUUGCAACCCAAUUUCAGAUUCAUUCGCACGACUUCAUUGGCUGCAUCAAAGAUGUUUACCUGGACCACCGAUACGUUGACCUUAAUUCAUACAUUGCGGACAACGGAACAAUUGCGGGAUGUCCGCAAAAGUCAGCAUCAUGUAGUUCGGAGCCUUGCUUCAACGGGGGAACCUGUAGAGAAGGAUGGGGUGAAGGUUGGCAGUGUGAGUGUCUGGAUGGAUUUUCCGGUAAUGCUUGCCAGGAGACGGUUGCAUUGCCCUGGCGUUUCAACGGAGAUGGAAUUUUAAGCUUCAAUCCCUUGCUUCGACCGAUACAACUUCCGUGGUUGACGGCGUUAACGAUUCGAACUAGACAGAAGGAUGCCUUUUUGAUGCAGAUUCAAAUUGGACAAAAUAGUUCUGCUGUGCUUUCGUUACGCAACGGUGUUUUAUACUAUACAUACAACUCAUCACCAAUGUUUUUGACAGGAACAAAUUUGGCCGACGGACAGUCCCACAGAAUUGAGGUAAAAUGGCUCAUGAGCAAUGAAAUAUCAUUAUCAGUUGAUUAUGGCCAGCAAACAGGAGUGCUUCCGAUGACACAAAAAAUUCAAGGAUUAUAUGUGGGGCGCAUAAUGAUUGGCGGAACAGACGGUAAUUUGCCAAACGAAGAUAACGAUGGAUAUUUCAAAGGUUGCAUACAUGACGUGCGUAUCGGAAAUAGCCAAUCCAUACUGAAUAGACCAACUAUUAGAGAAAAUGUUAUCGAUGGAUGUACAUCUAAUGCCCGAUGUCCAGAAAGCUGCCCGGAACACUCAACUUGCGUUAAGAAUUGGGACCAGUCCUAUUGCGAAUGUAAACAAGGGUAUGUUGGGGUCAACUGCGCCCCAGUGUGUACUGUGCAUCCAUGCCACGAAAAUGGACGGUGUCGGUAUGACAAAAUGGCACGAAAAGGAUAUGUUUGCGAGUGUAAUAGCACCACCAGCUCCGGGGAAUAUUGUGAGAUCAUUGUAGAAAAACCGUGCCCGGCAGGAUGGUGGGGCGAACGGGGCUGUGGUCCUUGUAAAUGCAAUGUAAAAAACGGCUACCAUCCAGUCUGCAAUAAAAACACUGGUGAAUGCUUCUGUCAGGAACAUCAUUAUCAACUAUCAAAAGAUUCAGCUUGUCUUGCAUGUGAAUGUUAUGCAAUAGGUUCUUAUGGAAAAUCGUGCAGCAGUACAGGCCAGUGCGAAUGCCGGGAAGGUGUGAUAGGUCGACGUUGCGACUCAUGCUCUAAUCCUUAUGCAGAAGUCACACUUAAUGGUUGUGAAGUUGUGUAUGAUGCAUGUCCUAAAUCGUUCGCGGCGGGGCUCUGGUGGCCGAGAACUUCAUUUAAUGAAGUAGCCAUCGAAAACUGUCCUUCCGCAGCCAGAGGAAAAGUUACGCGUAAAUGUGACUUGGAGAACGGAGGUUGGGGCCAGCCGGAUGCAUUCAAUUGUACUUCUGAACCGUUCUUGAAUUUGCGCAAACAAUUGUCUCAAAUAGAAACAAAAGAGUUGGAGAUAAAUACAUUUGUGUCGGUGAAAAUUGCAGCCACACUUGAAGAUGCUUGUGAUCGCAUCGGAAGAGUCGAUGAAGAUCACUCGAAAAAUGAACAAAAUAGAUAUCUGUACAUCUUUGAAGGAGAACAAGCUUCGAACAACAUAUUUUGGGAAGCAAAUGAGUUUGGAUUUAGCUAUUUAAGCGAUGAACGGAACAAAAAGCAGCAUUCAUUUUACGGGUCAGAUUUGCUGAUUACAGAGCGACUGCUACAUGAACUAUUAAACUAUGAAUCUAAUCAAAGUGGCCUUAAUUUAUCGCAUAGCCAAGAUAAACAUUAUAUAAAAAAUUUAGUUACUAGUGCAGGAAUGAUUUUAGAUAAGCGAUAUAAGCAGGAGUGGAAAAGGCUAACAGAACUAACCCAGCGAAAUCCGAAUGAUUUAGUCGAAGCGUUUAACAGAUACUUGAUGAUAUUAGGGAAAUCACAGCAGGAUACGUAUACAGAUCCUUUUGAAAUAGUACAAGAUAAUAUGGUGUUCGGGUUGGAUGUUGUUGACGAAGAAUCUCACCUUCAACAUGAAACACAACUUCACGUUAUCAAUCGAAAUUCUCAAAAGCUAGAUACUCAAAAAACUGAACAUGAAUCUCGCAAACAAAAGCUCUCUAUGAUAUCAUUUCCAAAGUACAAUAAUUACAUUCAAGAUAAAAAUAAGUUUGAUCUCUACAGCAAAAUCAUUGUGCCACUCGAAAAUAGAAGCAAUAAUGUGCGUGGCCAUCGUGCUAUAGUAGGUUAUGCUCAGUACAAGGAUGCUGGUGAUAUUUAUGCUGCGAAUUUCGAUGAAACUAUUAUGCGUCGGUGGGGUGUCGACGUGAUUAUCGCCAGUCCAUUGAUUUCAAUUAACAUACUUGUUCCAAAUAAUAUCAAAAAAACAGAAGAAAAGCCUUCAUUUAAUGAUGUUUCGCAAUACAAAGAAAAUGACAACAUUUCCGACACGCUUCUUAAUCACGACAAUGAAAAGAUAUCAAAUGAUUUGAAAGUUUCUAUACACGAUUUAAGCGGUCAACAAGAUCUGAAUAUUCAAGGGAACGGUGAAAAAGAGGAAAAUAACAAUCCGUUUGAAGAUUCCAGUAUUCCAAACACCUUGUCAAUAUCUUCUGAGAACAUAAACGCAUACAGAUUGGAAGGCAAAACAAAGCGUAGUGUCAUUCAACAAUACAUGGACGCUGGACAGUACAAUACACUAAUUGAAUACAAACCGAUCGGAAAUCCGUACUUGACACAUCCGAUUAAGCUACAAAUGUGGUUGCAAGUACCACGACAUAAAUUCGGGCCUCGAUCUAAUCCUCAAUGCGUUCGAUGGAAUUCCCACAUGAAUUUCUGGACCAGGCUAGGAUGCCAAACGGAGGUUCCUCCUUAUGAACAUUUCUCAUGGAAUCAGACGAUACUCAUUACUUGCACUUGUAAUCAAAUAUCCAGCUAUGCCGUUCUCAUAGACGUUACCGAUCCGGAUGACAUCGCUGAACCAUCGAUGCCAGUUCGUAUUACGUCGUACUCGGCUUAUGUGCUGUCGUUAACAAUGCUAUUCUCAGUCAUUUUGUCGCUUGCCUUACUGCGUGGCUUACAAACAAACUCGAAUACUAUCCAUCAGAAUCUGGUGUUUUGCAUAUUUAUUGCUGAAUUACUUUUUUUCGCGGGAACUAACGCGAGACAAACACUGAUUGUCAAUGAGUUUGCUUGUAAAUUGGUGGCAAUUGCGUUACAUUACGCCUGGCUAGCGGCAUUUGCGUGGACAACAGUAGAUUGUGUACAUUUGUACCGUAUGCUGACUGAAAUGCGAGAUGUCAACCACGGUCCAAUGGGUUUUUACUACGCGUUGGGUUAUGGAUCACCAGCGCUGUUGGUCGGAUUGUCAAUUGGUGUCCGCGCGCAUGAGUAUGGAAACAGUGUAUUCUGCUGGUUGUCAGUGUACGAAUCAGUUAUUUGGUGGCUAGUUGGGCCGGUUGUUGCCAUGUCGGUGAUAAGCUUGUUAAUUCUGUUUAUGUCGGUUAAAGCGGCAUUUACAAUAAAAGAUCAUGUUCUAGAAUUCGGAAAUCUAAGAACCCUACUCUGGCUAUCGGUAGUGUCGUUACCACUAAUGGGAAUUUUGUGGGUUCUUUCCGUGCUUGUUGCCUCGGAAAGUUCUCAGAUGCUUCAAGUUUUACUGUCUGGCUCUGUGAUAGUUCAUGCUCUGUUUUCAGUCGUCGGAUAUUGUAUAAUCAACAAACGUGUACGUGAAAAUUUACACAGGAGCUUCUUGAUUUGUACUGGAAGGAAAGUUCCACUUCUUGAUUCUUCAAUGGCUAUCAGUAUUAGUUCCCAGAAUGUUGGCCCGACUACCAAGACACCAGGUUUUACUGGUCAUUAUGAAACAGCACGACGUAAUAUUGGCAUCAGUGCAUCAAGUACUACGUCUCGUAGCACUACAAAAACAAGCUCCAUCCCAUACAGAAGUGAUAGUCAGUUUCGACACACUUCAACAUCGACAUCAAACUAUAACUCAAACAGUGAUGGUGGGCCAACUUACGUUAGGGGUUACGAGAGUAGAGGUAUGCGAAAAAGUAAGGUUACAGGUCAGGACGGCACAUCGCACCAUCAAAAAGAUCGACACCACAAACGUGAUUCCGAUUCAGGUAGUGAAACCGAUGGACGAAGCUUCGAACUAGCUUCGAGUCACUCCAGUGAUGAUGAAGAAUCCCGUGUUGGUCGCAAUAGUAGCACUCACCGUAGCAAUGAAAGAAAUUCCACAUUCUACCUAUCCAAUAUUAUGGAGCACGUUGCAACUACCCCUCCGGAAUUGCAUGUUGUGCAAAGUCCUCAGCUUUUCCCUAACGUCAAUGAUCCGCGGUGGUCGAAUCGAGUACCUGAUUCAUACAUAAACAGGCCAAAUGUUGGGCGUUGGUCACAAGAAACGGGAUCAGACAACGAAAUGCAUCCUCAAAACGUUACCAGUACUUUGCCGCGACCGGAUCUUACCGAUACUUCAUAUUUGCUUCAAGACAGAAUGGGAGUGCAACCAUCAUUACUUGAAAAUAUUCACGAAAGUUGCAACUUUUCGAGUCAGAACUUUAUGCACGAAAACAACAGCCACAAUAUCAGAGAGUACAGAGACUUUGAAGACAUUCCUCAACAUAUAACAAUGCCGUACAUUGCUGACGCAGGAACAAAUAACCUACCGGGUUCCGCCCAAGUAGUCAAUCACAUGCGUGCCUAUAACUAUGACACUCCUUAUACCAUGAAAGAUAUUUGCUAUGAUCCAUCGAAAACAAACAACUCUAUACCUCAGUCGUCAUAUAUAGGAAAAGAACGUAUUUCAUCAGAACUUUACAGCCCGAGAAUAGAUAAUGUAGGCUCGUUCAAAUCCAGUGUACAAUCGUUAUUGAAAAACGAUUACCAACGUCAUAAACAGCACAAUGAAACGGAUCGUAUGUCGGAGAGUUCCGAUAAAAAUCCGUACAAUUUCCCCUACACUGCUGAGGAAGAUCAUUCAAGCCACAACUAUGCAACACGACACGAGGACACGAGGCGUCAUCAAUUGAAUAACCCAUCGUCAAUUCAGCCCGAGGCUUCAUUAACAAUUGUCAACAAUGACACAGACAAAAGAAAUGACGACGAAGAGACAACCGUGUAAAAGUUACAGCUAAGUUUAAUUAAUUUAGAAUAUUUUAACAUUCCAUCAACGAUACUCAGUAAUAGCCAUUUUGAUAAGCCCGGCAUGGUGGUUACAGAAGCAUUCCAAAUUAUUUGUAGAGUUUUAUUUGAAAAGGUCCUACAAACAUUGGCGUACUCGUAAACACUUUUUUUUCGCAAUAUUGAAAAUCUCCUUGGAGCACUAUCGUAAACAAUCCGACUUUUUGUAAAUUUAUAUUAUUUUAUGCGGUCCCACCUCUCCUCGCAUAAACUUUAUAAUUCUCUCUCUCUCUCUCUCUCUCUCUCUCUCUCUCUCUCUCUCUCUCUCUCUCUCUAUCUCUCUUUAUUUCUCUCUCUUGUUUUUAAUUGUCAAAUUUCAACCGGUUCAGCAUAUCAACCGGUUUAAAUAGCCGAAUGACACAGAUCAAAACUAUGGAGACUGUACGAUUGAUAGUUGUAAUUGUAUCGACUUUAUGUCAACCAUUCUUCUUACAUAUUGCUAUUAUUUGAUUACUGGCUGUUCCUAUUCCCGACAAACAUAUAAAACACAAUAGCUUAUAGGACCUUUUUAAAAAAAACUCUAGAUUUGCAACUAGACUCUUAGGAUUUACAGUAAGGACAACUUUGUAUGAAUUCACAAGAGUAUUUCGAGCAUUCCAUGACUUGUGGCAAUAUGUCUUAAUAAAAUAUUUUAUUGGAUUUUUUCCAAACAAUACAA